AUGAAAAAGGAGGUAGCUGGUUUUAAGAUCAACUUGAGUAAGCAAUUAGGAAGAGGAGCAUUUGCAACAGUUUAUGAAUGCUAGAAAGAAGGGAUAAUAAUGCCAUUAUGUGUGAAAGUAAUCCAUUUGAUGUCAGACGAUGUAUAUGAUUAGUAGGCACUGAUAAGGGAGACAAACAUCUUGAAAUAUUUAACAAGCUUUCACCAUCCUCAUAUAAUUAAUGUAGUUGACAUACAUCAGGAUUAGUAGCAGAGGGUUUUUUAUGUGUUUAUGGAGAAAUGUAUUCAAGGUCAUAUAGAGAAUACAAUUAAAGCAAGAGCUUCAACUAAAUAAUUCUUCAGUGCAGCAGAAAUAAUAGAAAUGACCACACAAAUUAUUUAAGGUUACAGUCUUUUAUACAAAAACUCAAUAAUUCAUAGAGAUUUAAAACCAGAAAAUUUGCUUUAUGGAAAUGAUGGAAAGAUCAAAAUCUCAGAUUUUGGAAUGAGCAAAAUAUUAGACAAAGAAGCUCGAAAUCAAUUAGUCUUUCAAUCUUAAGUAGGAACACCUUAUUAUGCAUCUCCUUAAGUGUUAGAUGAUGGUAAAUAUUCAUCUAAAACUGAUGUCUUUAGUCUUGGGGUGAUAGUGUACUACUUUACAUUCUUAAAACUACCAUUUGACAAGAAAACUUUUACCGAAUUGAAAUUACAACAAAUGGCUUUAUUAAAAAAUAAAACUUUGGUAUUUCCUGAGAUGAAGAUUCAAGGUGAAAACUACGAAAAGGAUCUCUUAAUUCGAUUCAUGUCUGAAACUAUUACAUUUUAUGAAGAAACUAGAAUAGAUUGGCCAACAAUAUUUAAGAUGUUCUUGCCUCCAGAAGAAAGCGUUGAAUCAGCUGCAUUGGUACCACAAUAAAGCUUUGAAUCUAUAAUAUAACCUAAGUCUGAUGCCAUAAUUGAUAAUAGAGGGUAAUAGCGAUCUGAAAAAGCAUUUUAAUCCUAUCAAGUUAGAACAUUAAUAAGCAAUUUAAUGGCUAGAGAAGAAUUAGCUAGUUCCGUUUAGUAAUAUUUGAUAUGCUUAAAUAAAUACACUUCAAUAUUUAGUAAUUAAGAUAAAAACAUGUUAAAGGCUGCACUGUGUGGAUAUCAGAUGGCAAUUAACUUAAAUUAAAUAUUCUUAAUUUCUAAUUAAUAUGAUUAGGUUUGUAAAUAAAUACAGGAGACUUUUAGAGAGAAUAACAUAAAAAUUGAAUGUGAAUCUUAUAUGAAUGACAAAUAUGAAAAAGUAGAGAUUUAGAAACAGCAAGUCCAAAAAAAUUCUCAAAGUAAUUUGAUCUAAUUCAAAGAAUCAAUCUAAUAGGUUCUUCAAGGGGAAGCAGAGAUAAAAGACGAGGCUUUGAAAAAAUUUAAGAUUCUCUUAAGUAAAGCAGAAUAACAACCAAACUAUGAAAUUUAUGCCCAAUGGUUUAAUUAUUAUUACUAAAAAUACAUCAUCUCCAAGAUGCAAAAGUAUUUAAAUUAAGCUUAAGAAGAGGAAACUUUGAUGUUUUUGGCUUUGAGCAAGAAAUUCGUAGCAGUUGAAAAGGAUUACCCAAUUAAAGACUUCUUUUCUAUAAUUCCAUUAUAUAUUUCCUAUAUGGACACUGAAAAAGAGUAUUUAAAGCAAUAUCUUCGAGCAAACCCACAAUAAUAAUAAAUAAUAGAUUCGAAUAGAAAUGAAAAAUGA